AUGCGGUCUCAUGCAUGGUUCGCCCUUGUUCUAGUGGCUGAACUUUUGAGUACAGUUACAGGACAAAUACCUAACUGCACACUGGAUAUACCUCGUACACUGGACACCGAACAUGAUCCUACAUCAGACCCUGGUCUUAUAAAAGACCCAAAACAUGUCCUUUCAGUUGUCCCUGGACAUGGCCCUACAGAAGACUCCAAUCAUUAUAGUAGCCUGGGACCCAGUGUAGUGAGCAUUGAUUGUCUUAUUACUGAAAACAAGAUAUGGAACUUCUCCUAUGUGAAGGAAUGGAUGUCAAACAACAGUUUUGGUCCAGUGCACGUGUCCAUCACGUGUCAGUCAGGAGGGUGCGUACAUUUGAGACGUCCGAUCAAAGCCAAUAAUCUCGAAACACUCCAUAUCAAGUCAUGCCACAUCACUGGUACGGAUGAUACAGACUUUUCUGUACAAACUUCUCGAGAGAACUACACCAUCCGGCACCUGACAAUAGAGGACUCCAAUGUUGUUAUAUUAUUGUCUGAAUUACGGGCAUUUUACAUGGACAACUAUAAGCAAAACCAAGACGUGUACCCUUGUGGUUAUCCGCCAAGUCUGGAGCGACUCACAUACAGAAACACCAGUCAAACCACCUUACCGGAUAUCGACAUACCAGAUAGCGAAUUACUCGAACUCGAAAAGACAAUCGAACGGUACAACAUGGACAAGCAGCAAUGUAUUAACCCGAACCUAAAGUAUCUGGAGUUUACUCAGAAUUAUAUUAUCAGCGACCAUAAACUCUACGAACAAUUCCUUCAUAAGUAUAUAUAUCCGCGUCUCAAAGUCAUGAACAUUUCCCACCUCUUACUGAGCCGUGCUCCUGAUCAACUUUCAAAAUUCCGGUGGGAUAUUGAUUUUCCCGAGUUGGAGCUGAUAGAUCUGUCUCACAACAGAAUAACGACUAUCGACUUCACUUACCCUCCUCCGAAAAGGAAGCAUUUGACCGUUGACCUAUCUUAUAAUCAAAUAUCCGUCUUACGUCAACCAAGCAUACAGAAUCUACGGAACUUUUAUCCUGGUGUAGUCAACCUCAGAGGAAACCAGUGGGUGUGUAACUGUUCUCAACAAGACUUUGUCCAGUUUCUCCAGGAGGAAGAGGGUCCAAUCAUCGACGAAUACGCCUAUCUCGGCGAGGCAAGGUGCAGCCGACCUUUGUCUAGACUGGGACAAUACAUAAAGAACGUUGAAGACUUGUGCGGUCCAAGAUCGGACACACAGCUAUCUAAUCUCGUGCUUUAUGUUUGCUUGCCACCUCUUAUUCUCUGCUUCUUCGUUAUCAUUGUUCUCGUCAGAUUUAGGAGAGAAAUUCGUGUUCUUGUAUUUACAAGAUUCACGUCGGUUAGCACGUGUCUGUUUGUUCCUGUACCAACUUCGUCCAAGAGUGUGGAGAAGGACUUCGACGCCUUUGUGUCCUAUAGUUCACUGGACGAGACGUGGGUUUACGAUUUGUGUCGUCGACUUGAGGAAUCCGUCCACAAGUUUCGAUUGUGUCUCCACCAUAAACAUUUUAUUCCCGGCGCCUGCAUUUCUGACAACAUAAUAGAUAGUGUGGAGCGAAGUAGACACACGAUUAUGGUACUUUCUCCUAACUUCCUAAAGAGUGAAUGGUGCAUUUUAGAAUUUCGGAAAGCCUUCCAUCAAAGUUUGGUUGAGAAUGAGCGCCAUUUAGUAGUGGUAAUGCUCGAGGGAUUUGACGAAUCAUGUGUACAUGCCGACUUGAAACAUUUUCUUAAGACAUAUACGUACCUCAAGACGUCAGACUUUUUCUUUUGGGACAAACUUGUGUACGCGCUGUCAAAGAAUUGGAUUGAUCACCGGAAAAAGAAUCCCUCCGGUUCUGGUGGCGAUAAAAAUGCGUCUGAAGCGCUUCUGAGUGUCGCAAAGUCAGAAUAGACUUUCAAUUAGUAUCGUUCAUAUACCGUCUCCAGUCCACUCUCUGUCGUUUGUGUAACACGCUGUCUCCUGUCCAUAUACUGUACAUAUCGUCUCUAUUUCACUUCCGGCUGUUCAUACUGACGGGGUGAGAUACUAUCUCCCUCUCCGUAUACUGUACAUAUCGUCUCUAUUUCACUUCCGGCUGUUCAUACUGACGGGGUAAGAUACUGUCUGCCUCUCCGUAUACUGUACAUAUCGUCUCUAUUUCACUUCCGGCUGUUCAUACUGACGGGGUAAGAUACUAUCUCCCUCUCCGUAUAUUGUACAUAUCGUCUCUAUUUCACUUCCUGCUGUUCAUACUGACGGGGUAAGAUACUGUCUGCCUCUCCGUAUACUGUACAUAUUGUAUUUAGUCCACUUCUAAUUAUUUUAAAUUGCAAAUUGUCUUCGAUACGUUUUAAUGUGCCAGAAGUUAUGAUGUAAAUCUUUGUAACGUUGAUGAAUUCAGUGUUAACACUGUGAUGUAAAGAUAUUGAAACAUGUUUUCAUCAACCCACUUAUGGAUUUGAUAUACAAUGUUCAAAAGUACAAAAAAACUAUGAAGUUAGAAAGUCUUAUCGCAGUGAUGUACAUCAAGGACGUAUAUACAUAGAUCUAUAGUUUGCUAUGUACUUGCAUUAAGAGAAAAAAGAGGGAAAAUGGGAAGGGAGGAGAGAAAGAGGUCAUCGUAGCUAUUAAAAGAAAUAUAUAAAACUUUUGAAAGUUUUCUUGAUGUCGGCUUAGUGUGUCA